UUUCUGCACUAUGAUUUGUUAUUUUGUCAGCCGUUUGACGCAGAAAUAUUUUUACCAUUUGAUAAAACUCUGACAAAAAACCAACACACUCUGGACGAAAUAAUUAAACCGAAAUAUGUUCAAAGACACGGUCGAACGACUUUCGAUCCAGUCGUGUCGUCUGUUAGAGACAAACUACUCGAUGACUAUCGCGUGUAUAUGGCCACGUUAAGUACGGAUGUAAAGAAAGAGCAGGUUGUCGAUGAUAUAGCAAACGGACCCAAUAUACUCAGAGAACGAGACAGUAAUAAAGCAAACGACAACACAGCGACAUCUCAAGAGACUUCAAUCAGAGACUUAGAUUCAGAACCUGACAAGAAUGAAAAACUGAUAAGAGAACUGAAAGAGAGUAUGAACAUAAAAGGUAUAGAUGUAACUAUUUUACCUGAUAAACUAGUGACGUCUGAUCGAGAUGACAGUAAAACGGAUGAAAGUAAAAAUGAAGAGGAUAGAGAUGUAACAGAAGAUAGCUCAACAGACGAUCAUGAAGAAGAGAAUGAAAUUGCUGAAGAACGUGAAGAAACUACUCCAAGUAAGGAUAAUACAAAUGAAUCCAGUGAUGAUAGUGAUAAAACUCUUAUAAUGGAUGGGAUAGACGAUACACAACUAGAUAAAAUUGGUGAUAUACUAAAUAUGGAGAGACAAAAGACAAAAAAACAACAGUCAACUGAGACAGAAGAUGAAUAUGUUACAACAACGAAACCAAGAAGAAAAAAAGCGACAAAAACUACAACACCGGAACAAUUCAAUUAUGAUUUUGUAAAAAAAACAACAGCCCAUGUAAAUAAAUUUACACAGUCAGCGUUAAGAAAACACAAAUCAUCAACGCAUAGAAAAUUGAAUAUCAAGAGAAUUACAAAGAAUCGAAACACAGUAAGCGGAAAAUAUACGACAAAGCAUAAAAGGCUUCACGCUAACAAACUUAUAAAGAAAUCAAAGAAUGUACGAGAACUAGAACCUACAACAUGUAAAAUUGAUGAAGAAGCGGAAACAAGCUCUGGAACUACAUCAGUACAAGUGAAUAUAAAACGUACGCCACAAACUACAACCACGAUGCUACCAUACUUCCAAAUGAUUGUUGAUCUGGAUGAAGGGUACAUGGUGGUGUUCCUCAUCGAACUGAUGGGAAUCAUGGCCUCUAAAGACAAGGAUGAUCUAUUUGAAGUCCUCGUUCAUACUGAACAAAUCGUGCUGCAACUUCAUGAAAAUGGAAAAAUUAACUGGUUCGGUCAGCCUCUUUUAGACAUUACAAUGAAUCUGGCAAAAUUCAUGACUGAAUCAGAAACGGGAGUAAUACAAAAAUACGCUUCGAAAUUGAAUAAAAAGAUAAGUGCACGUCACCAAGAGUUAUCUUCUGAAAUCAACACCAUCAUAGACUAUGCUGAUAUGUUGUAUAAUGAUGAAGAAGGCACGAAGCUCUUCAAUGUGCUCCAAGAUUUUGAUGACUAUCCUAACACUACACGACCAGGCUAUACAGUAUGUUUGGCAUUAAUAGAAAGCUUCCUAAAGCCGUAUCAUCGGCUCAGUAAUACAGUUCUACGUCAACGAUUGUUAGACUCUAUUAACUUUGAGCUAAAAGCUAUAAUACCUCAACCAGACCUGUGGAAGAUGAGUGCUUUGGGAUUUUUAGGUAUUAAAGAAGCAACCGAACAAACCCCGUCAGUACAAUCAGACAGCGACACCACAGUAUUAUUCACAAGGAAAAAACAAAAGAAAUUGACACAGAAUUUACUAAAGCUGAAGUCGAAACCAAAACAUCCGACUAUCAAACGAAAACACACAAAUGUCCAGCAAAAUUACAGCAAUGACAAUGUUUAUAGACGUAGAUUAAGUUAUACAACUGAAUCUCAGUACAAUUAUCCUUUGUUAAGGAAUUUGAAGCCGAUCACAAGUAUACAGAGACGGUACAAAAUUGUUACUCCGACACAUCGACACAUGUUAAGGCACAGGUCUACACGUAGUUAUAUAGUAAACCUGAUCAGUAGACCCACCAAGGAGCUCACAACUAAACUAAAUAAAGUUAAGAAUCAGCGAAUCGAAUACUAGAUUCCCAUUCCUCAAUGAGACAGCACGAUUUCGAACGCAUUUGAGGCACAGAGACUAAGAUCACAGGAUUGAAACUAUUCAUAAUAGAAAUGCUAUUAGCUAUCAGAAAAAUAAAACAUACUUUUACAAUCAAAUGAGGAAUGGAAUUAAGCAACUAGCAACUGUUACAAAGACUGAAAGGCUUAAGACGAUUCGCAAUGAAAGCAUAACGUCAGAUCAAUAACAAUAAAAAAAGAAAAGGUGACUAGAAAGUGUAAGUCUAGGAGAGUCGUCGA